AUGGGUUUGAAGAAGAAACAGACCCCCAAAAAUGCUGUUAAGAAGACCGUCAGCAGUCUACCAGCCAACGCAGAGACUACUACGUCAACUGCUAUCAUGAAAAAGGUUGAAUCAGUGGAGGCAUUCUUUGCUUCACCUAUGUACGAUUUUUUGACCCCAUUCAGGCCAGUGGGCAACCAAUGGUGUGCAAAAUAUGUCAUAGUCAUUUUCGCGUUGAUCAUAAGAUGCGCUGUCGGGUUAGGUGGGUACUCUGGUAUGAAUACGCCUCCAAUGUUCGGGGAUUUUGAAGCUCAGAGGCAUUGGAUGGAAAUUACACAGCAUCUUCCGGUUCGUGAGUGGUACUGGUAUGAUUUGCAAUACUGGGGGCUUGACUAUCCGCCUUUGACUGCUUACCAUUCAUAUUUAUUGGGUAAACUGGGAUCGUUUUUCCGAGAAGGGUGGUUUGAUCUCGAGUCAUCCAGAGGCUACGAAUCACUUAACUUGAAGUCAUAUAUGAGAUUUACUGUAAUUAUUAGUGAGUUGUUACUCUAUAUUCCCGCAGUAAUUUACUUUACCAAGUGGGUCGGAAAAUAUAGAUCGCAAUCCCCAAUUGGUCAAUACAUUGCUGCUGCUGCUAUUCUGUUCCAGCCAGCGUUGAUUUUGGUGGAUCAUGGACAUUUCCAAUAUAACUGCGUAAUGUUGGGAAUGACAGUCUACACAUUGAAUAAUCUGUUAGAUGGGUUUUACGCUAUGGGAGCUAUAUGUUUUGUGCUAUCACUUUGUUUUAAGCAAAUGGCACUUUAUUAUUCUCCAAUUUUCUUUGCUUAUCUAUUGAGUAAAUCCACAUACUCUCCAGGGAUCAACUUACCUAGGUUAUUUGCGAUCUCUGUUUCAACAGCUCUUGCAUUCAUUGGUUCUUUCGGUCCAAUCUAUAUCUUUGGAGGAUACAAGAACUUAGUGCAAUCAAUGCACAGGAUUUUUCCAUUUGCCAGGGGUAUCUUUGAAGAUAAAGUUGCGAAUUUUUGGUGCGUUUCUAAUAUUUUCAUCAAAUAUAGAAAUCUAUUCACUCAGAAGGAUCUUCAAUUAUACUCAUUACUCGCAACAGUUAUUGGGCUUUUACCAUCAUUCAUUAUAACAUUUUUAUACCCGAAGAGACAUUUACUACCAUAUGCUUUGGCCGCAUGUUCGAUGUCAUUCUUCUUAUUCAGCUUCCAGGUUCAUGAAAAGACAAUCUUAUUACCUUUACUUCCUAUUACACUCUUGUACACGUCAAGAGAUUGGAAUGUUCUAUCAUUGGUUUGUUGGAUUAACAACGUGGCAUUGUUUACACUCUGGCCAUUACUGAAAAAGGACAAUCUAGUAUUGCAAUAUGGAGUCAUGUUCAUGUUUAGCAAUUGGUUGAUCGGUAACUUCAGUUUCGUCACACCACGCUUCCUCCCAAAAUUUUUGACACCAGGGCCAUCCAUCAGUGAUAUAGAUGUUGAUUAUAGACGGGCAAGUUUACUACCCAAGAGCCUAAUAUGGAGAUUAAUCAUUGUUGGCUCAUAUAUUGCAAUGGGGAUUAUUCAUUUUCUAGACUAUUACGUCUCCCCGCCAUCAAAAUACCCUGAUUUAUGGGUGCUUGCCAAUUGUUCCUUGGGCUUCUCAUGUUUUGUGACAUUUUGGAUAUGGAACAAUUAUAAAUUAUUCGAAAUGAGAAACAGCACUUUGCAAGAUUUAUAG